GAAAAUGGAAAAUCUCAAAUUAAGUUAAUACAAGAGGUUUGAAACCGUUCAGGUCCAAAUCCGCCCUUAUUCUUCUACCAACAUCAAAAUACCAGGAAUGGACCCGUAUAUUGUUCAUAUUUUGACAGUCAGUGACACGGCUUCUCAAGACGGACGUGCUGAUAAAAGUGGGCCUCUGUUAAAGAAAAUACUAGAGGCUAGCGGCAGAUUCAAUGUCAAAAAGGACUCUAUCCUUCCGGACGAUCUGGAGUCGAUACGGUCAAUCAUUCAGAAUUGGGCUGAACACGAUCAGCCAAAUCUCAUUCUCACAACUGGAGGAACUGGCUUUGCUGAGCGCGAUGUCACACCCGAAGCGAUCAAACCUGUAUUAGACCGAGAAACGUUAGGGCUUACGCAUCUUUUAUUAUCGUCAUCUAUAUCAAUCACACCGUUUGCUGCUUUGUCUCGCCCUGUUACGGGAAUUCUUAAAAAGACAUUGAUUGUUACUUUACCUGGCAGUCCGAAGGCCUGUGAAGAGAAUUUGGGAGCCAUUAUGCCGGUACUACCCCAUGCUCUUGAUCUGUUACUGGCACGUGAGACUGUUAAAAAGCAACAUAGUGAGAUACAAGAUCGGCAAAUCAGUGGUGUUUCGAACGUCCGUGCAGCUGCUAAAAUUCAAUCUUCAUCAGGACAGCAUACCUGUUCACACCAUGAACAUGAUUUACAUUCGGAUGAAGCAGAUAUACCACAAUCAGGCCUUUCGACGCCGCUAGAAACUCCAGUCUCAAGACGCGCUCGUAAAUCGCCUUACCCGGUAAUAUCUGUAGAGAGAGCCAAAGAAAUCAUUGAAGAGAACAUCAAGACAUUAAAUAUCAUUAGUUUGCCAGUAUCGCAGUACUUGCUUAAUUAUAUCCUCGCGGAAGAUGUCUUCGCUAUGGAACCAGUACCUGGCUACCGAGCAUCUGUAGUUGACGGGUAUGCUGUUCAUGCGGAAGAUGGAAUUGGUAUAUAUCCCGUUGAAUCAGUUUCGCUCGCAAAUGUUGGCAUAAGAGGGAAAGAAUUAAAUAAAGGAAAAAUUACUCGUAUAACAACGGGUGGUAUGGUUCCAGAAGGUGCCAAUGCAGUCAUUAUGGUUGAGGAUACCAAACUUAUCAAAGCUUCGCCAACCAAUAAGAAUGAGGAGCUAGAAAUUGAAAUUUUGGCUCAGGCUCGAUUUGGUGAUAAUAUUCGCGAAGUAGGUGUGGAUUGCCAGGUAGGCGAAUUGGUAGCAAAAAAAGGACACAGGAUUAGCACCGAAGAUAUAGGUUUACUAGCUUCAGUGGGAGUGCGUCAUGUCAAAGUUUACCGUAAACCACGUGUCGGUGUAUUGUCAACAGGAAAUGAAGUUGUAGACCAUAUCCAUACAGAUACCUUAAAACCUGGCCAAAUUCGAGAUACCAAUCGUAUCACUUUAUUGUCAGCUGUGCAAUCCGCAGGUUUCGAAGCCGUUGAUUUGGGUAUUGUUGGUGACAAAGUAGAUGAAAUGACAGAAUGCUUGGAAGAAGCCCUAGAUCAGGUUGAUGUUCUUAUUACUACAGGUGGAGUGUCGAUGGGAGAGGCUGAUUUUGUUAAGCCUAUAUUAGAGCAAAAAUUAGGAGCUACUCUCCACUUCGGUCGCAUUCUGAUGAAGCCCGGAAAACCCACAACUUUUGCAACACUUCAGUUGGGUCCUGAAAAUAAAAGACCGCCUAAAAUAAUAUUUGCUUUACCUGGCAACCCUGUAUCUGCUAGCGUGGGGCUUUAUCUCUUUGUUGUUCCAAGUCUACGUCGUAUGGCAGGAUGGACAGGUCCUAGUCAUACAACAGUUCCUGUCAAGAUAAAGCAUGAUAUAUACUUGGAUAGUCGUCCUGAAUACCACCGUGUACAAGUAUGUGUCGAUUCAGAGGAUGGGACACUAACCGCUCAGUCCACCGGUAAUCAACAGAGUAGUCGCAUGCUGAGUAUGGUUAAUGCCAAUGGUCUGUUGGCAUUACCAUCAAAGAAGCCAGAUCUGACAGUAUUGACUGAAGGUGCUACAGUUCCUUGUAUUUUGAUUGGCCCUUUGGUAAAUGAAAUAAACUAACAGCUCAGUCAACUUCCUCCCAUGGCAAAAUUUAUAUAACAUCCUUUUCAAAAAUUCCGCUUGCUACUCAUAGUAUGUAAUAUACUUUUUCUCAGAGAAAUUAGAAUCGUGGCAUAAGGCUUAUCAAAAUUUAACAGUAAU